CUUAUUUGAGCCCGAAGUGUCUGUAAAAAGGAAUGGUGAUAGCGCCAUUGAGAGGGUUGCACAUGCGCGCAAACAACGCUCAGUCCCGCAGGCUCAGGCGCCAGUGAGCAUUGUAUAGGGUCAGUCGCAAUCGACAGGUGAAUCAUUUUGAGAAUGAAUAGCAGAGUGGAAGACCUGAUGCCCAGCAAUGUGACCACAUCCAGUGAAAUCAAUUUACAUGGGGUACCCAGCAACAGCUCUGUUCAGAGCACUCACCUGUCAACCAAAGCCUUCAUUAUUCCAGUUAAUGCAGCAGCAAAUCUGCGAAAACCUCGGAGUUUCUCCAGAGAAAACCAAGGCAUUUCUCUGCCAAUCAAAGCGGAACAGUCAGAUAGUACUGUGCCAGUGACUGCAACAAUUAGCCCGCAGAUCAGUGGAGUGCACAAUUGUGACGUGGUCAGUGUUUUGGAAUGGAAAGAUGGGAUUGCUACUUUACCUGGAAGCAACUUGAAGUUCCGACUGAAUGAAUUUGGAGUUCUGGAGGUUGUCAGCUCAGAAGGUAUUGUGACAAAAUCAGUGACGAAAAUAUCUCCAGCAACACCUGUAGAAGCUGAGAGUGAUACUUGCAGUGAGGCUGGCUGGAAUACAACCACUCCUAAUGAAGUGAAACAGACAAAUGCAUCUUACAUGAAUGAGCAGCCACAUGUGGGAAGUGUCUGUUGCUGCACAAACUGUGGCCACUCUUAUACAGUGGAUGAAGUCAGAAGUGAUAGAAGGUUCUGCAGUGAGCAUUGUCUGCACCAAUUUAAAGAGAAGUCACUCAGAAUGGGCAGUGCAGCAGUGAAGAGAAGUGCUGGGGCAAUAUUAAAACGGGUUAAAAAAAGGAAAAGGAAAGUGUGCCUGAGUCCUAGUUCAGAAUCCAAUGAAGAAUACGAUUAUGAAUUAACUGAGUUGGAGCAGGCGGCUGAGCGCAAGGAAGAUUCUGGAAAAGUCAGGGGACAUUUAAUGGAUGACAACAGUCACAUGGAAUUCAGACAAAGUCGACCUGAUGAACCCAGUUGCACUUUCCCUGAACAGACUGUUUCUGUGGUUGGAAAGAAUAAAAUCUGGUCUUGGGCUUCAUACUUAGAAGAGGAAAAGGCUUUUGCUGCUCCUGUCAAACUCUUUCGAGAGUAUCAGUCCUUUCCACAGAAUAAGAAUGCAUUCAAGGUUGGCAUGAAGUUAGAGGGUAUUGAUCCCACACAUCCAUCUAUGUACUUUGUACUCACCGUAUUUGAGGUUUGUGGUUAUCGCUUGCGACUCCAUUUUGAUGGUUAUUCUGAGUGUCACGAUUUCUGGGUGAAUGCUGAUUCUCCAGACAUCCAUCCUGCAGGAUGGUGUGAGAAGACAGGCCAUCGAUUAUAUCUUCCCAGAGGGUAUAAAGAGGAAGAGUUCAACUGGCCAAAUUACCUAAGGAUAACAAAAUCCCAAGCUGCACCGAAGCAGCUCUUCAUCAAUCAAAAUACAAUGGUCACCCCUUUGGGAUUUCGUGUUGGAAUGAAACUGGAAGCAGUUGAUAGAAUGAAUCCAUCUCUGAUCUGUGUUGCCACAGUGACAGAUAUAGUUGAAAGCAGGUUUCUGGUGCAUUUCGAUAAUUGGGACGACACAUAUGAUUACUGGUGUGAUGCCAGCAGCCCAUACAUCCAUCCUGUAGGUUGGUGCCAGCAACAUGGAAAACCACUGACACCUCCACAAGGCUAUCCUCACCCGGAACAGUUCUCUUGGGAUAGUUAUUUGGAAGAAACUGGAUCUUCUGCUGCUCCUGCACGUGCAUUUAAAGCGCGUCCUCCUCAUGGCUUCCAGGUAAACAUGAAGCUGGAAGCUGUUGACAGACGUAAUCCAAUGCUGAUUCGUGUAGCCACAAUUAUAGAUAUUGAUGACCACAGAUUAAAGAUCUGUUUUGAUGGAUGUAGCCAUGCUUACAGUUACUGGGUAGACACUGAUGAUCCAGAUAUCCAUCCUGCUGGGUGGUGCAACAGAACAGGACAUAUUCUCCAUCAACCAGCCAAAUCAGCAGAUUCCUCAGCUGAUCCUGGACAAAAACGAUGCCCAACUCAAGGGUGGAAGACCGUUAGUCACACAAAAGGUCCAAAGUAUACUACCCAUCAUCGGAAGUGCCCAACUCCGGGCUGUGAUGGCUCAGGACAUGUCACUGGAAAGUUCAUUGCCCAUCAUCGUUUAUCAGGCUGCCCACUAGCUGAAAAGAAUCAAGCAAAGAUGAAGUUAGAAUUGUCAAAUGCUGAAGGAUCAUCUCGAAAAAGAAAUCUUUUGUCAUUUGGGCGCAGGAAGAAAUCAAGACAUCACGGGAGAAUUGGUCGCCCUCCUAAGUAUCAUAAGCUUCAGCAAGAGGAGUUGAAAGUCAGCUUUCAAAACAUUCCAAAAGAUGGCAUGCAACAAGUCUUGCAUCAAUCAGUCUUUAUGUCUGCCAUGUCCCCAAAUCCAGCUCGUUCAUUGUCCCUAUGUUGGGAACAACACUGCAAGCUGCUUCCAGGUGUAGCAGGGAUCAGCGCCAGCAAAGUGGCCAAGUGGACUAUUGAAGAGGUUGGAAACUUUGUUCAGAAACUUACUGGCUGUGAACAACAGGCAAAGCACUUCAAAGAGGAGUCAAUCGAUGGGGAAGCUUUUCUUCUGCUAACACAAGUAGAUAUAGUGAAGAUCAUGAGCAUUAAGCUUGGCCCGGCAUUAAAGAUUUAUAAUUCUAUACUUAUGUUCAAAAAUGCAGAUGAUAUUCCUUUGAAUUUAAGUGCAACAUAAUCUUGUAGAGAAAGUAAAACUGCUUUGGAAAUACUUAAAAUUGUGUUUUAUUGAUUUUUUUUGCAUGGCAAGAAUGUUGAAUGAAACAAGUGUAUUAGUCGUUUUGACAAUGAAUGGGAAGUUAAAAAUACUGCUUGAUUAAUCUCAAAGUCACGGCAUUAGUUAAUAUUCCCAUUGAUGAAACCCAUUGAGAGAUUUUGUGAGUUUACUGGUUUUACUGUGACAGUUCACAUUUUACAUGCAAUUCAAAGACAUAAUUAUUAAUCUUUUUUAUAAAAGUUAUCAAAAUAUUACUGUACAGGUAAAUAAUGCAUUUUAAUUAUAUUUGGCUGCAGUACUGUUUUGAUGUAUUGAAUAAAUUAUAGAAAAAUGUAGUUACAGGGGACAAAACUAAAGAAAGUGUAAUGUAUUUUAUACAUUAAUAGUUAUACAAAGUCUUAAAUUAAAAAAAUCAGAUUGUAACUUUUCUAACUGUUUCUGAGUUUACAUUUGGGUCGAUUGAAACUAUUUUGCCAUGUUGAAACACUCUGGACAACUGGAGAGAAUUCCACUUUCAAACCUUUAGCCCUAACGCACCCUACAUUGUAUAUUUGUCAAUAUUAUGAGCAUUUACGUGUUGUCCACCCUUUCCUACUGACUUUUAGAAGUCCUUGAUCACAAGCUUUCUUUUCAGUCAGAGUAUAAUGUGAUGCUCAACAUCUGCAGUCCUCUUUAACUGUAAAGGUUAUGAAAUGUUGCCUAAGUUAUGGAAAACAAAAGAUUCCAGUUUUGUUGAAGUUUUUCUAGUGACAGUUAAAUAUUAUUGUUAAUGAUAGUAGAAGACAAUCACCUAAUGAGUUCGUAUGAUGUUCACUUUACUGUUGUUUUUGCAUGUGUUUACUUCUUUAUUAGUUAAUGUUAAUGCCUCUGCUAGAGUAGGGGAUAGAGAAAUGUCAUAUUAUGAUGCCAUUAGUGGUUUCUGGUCAUGCUGACAGCAGUUAUUUGUGAACCAUAUAGUAGUUUCUAUGUAUGAACUUAUGUGAUUCACAUACAAAUCAUGCACUUGUAUUUUUACUGGAAUUCUAUAAAUACACUGUAAGCAUCUGACUUAUUGUACCAAAUCAUCCUUGUUUAGUUUCAGUAGUGCAGAUAUGUAAUGGAUCUUUAUUGACUGUUGCUUAACUACUUCAAAAAGGAUCCCCAGUUGGGUUAAAGAAUUAUGAAUAAAUUAUCUUGUUUCGAUAAUUUCGUUUAAUGUUUACUUCCUAAAGUCUUAAACCUUAUUUUAGAAUAUUUGUCAGAAUUACUUUUACAACAUUGAUGAAUAAGAGUUAUUACUUGCUGAAAAGCAUGAGUUACAAAAUCAGA